UUAGGAGUGGACUGUCCGACACUUCAAGCGAAAUUUGUCACGAUUUGAUGUAACCUUUCUGUUGGAUUUAUCGGCAUCUGUUUUGGAGAAGAGUUGAUUUCAGCAUAAUAUUCCGGGGGUUCCACUUAAUUACUUUGGUUCCUGCAAGCAAGAUCGUGGAUUGUACGGUCUCUAUAGACGUAACACUUCUUCCUGAUGGAUAUAACUGCCCUUUCUAGCCGAGCCAAUGCCUUUAGUAUAGAUUCACUAAUGACAUCUGGCCCUUGUCCAGACCCGUCCGUCCUCGGCGAGUUCACCCAGACCCCCACCACUGACUGCUGCUUCGAGUGGGAUGCGGCGAAGAGAGACGAAGCGGUUGGUCUUAUGGCUAAUGUAAGGAAUGUCUUCGAGUCAUUUGGUGGUGACCAUGGAUACGUUAACAACAUUGACACUGUAUGUCAACAAGCAGAUGACGGAUGUAACAAAAAUGGCCGGGGUUCUCCGGGUUCAGCCAUAAACAGCCAUCUUGGCGAGGGCGAAACGAAGCAGAGGAAGCCCCUUCAUCCCAAACUGAUGAACGUAACAGCACAACUUGAAAUGAAGGCACUCUGGGACGAAUUUCAUGAACUUGGCACCGAAAUGAUUGUGACAAAGGCAGGAAGACGAAUGUUUCCGACCUUCCAAGUCAAGCUAUACGGCCUGGACCCCAUGUCAGACUACAUGCUGAUGAUGGACUUCGUCCCCGUUGACGACAAGAGAUACCGCUAUUCGUUCCACAGCUCAAGUUGGGUGGUUGCUGGAAAGGCGGACCCGCAGAUGCCUGGCAGGAUCCACGUACACCCAGACUCCCCGGCCAAAGGAUCUCAGUGGAUGAAACAGACUGUAUCGUUUGAUAAACUGAAGUUAACUAAUAAUCAGAUGGAUAAAAAUGGACAUAUAAUUCUAAAUUCGAUGCACAAGUACCAGCCGCGGUUUCACGUGGUGUAUGUCGAUACCAAGUCAAAAACACCAGAUCUCACGCAAACGGAAAACUUCAAAACCAUUUUAUUCAAGGAAACAAAAUAUACAGCAGUGACAGCCUACCAGAACCACAGGAUAACCCAGCUAAAAAUUGCCAGCAAUCCAUUCGCGAAGGGAUUCAGGGACUGUGAGCCUGACGACUGUGUGGUGAUGGAAGCGCUGACGCUCAUUAACCCAGGACAGAGACCGCGCAAUCAUCAUAGACCGAGUUCACUGCAGAUGAACGGCGUACAACGGUCGCCGACUAGAAAAGCAGAUGAUUCAGACAAGCCCGACGAACUCACAGGGACCUUCUUCCCACAGAUGGUAACACCGACAUAUCAGACGACAUUGAAUUUCCCACCACUUCCCUGCUCCGACCAGACGACAGCAGUCUCACCGUUUGCAGACGCCUACUCCCUUGCUCAGGUAUCUUACCCGGACUACUGUAUGGCCUCGACGGCGAAGAGGCCCACGCCCUACGGCAGGCCCACCAUGGACUAUACUGGGUACCAUCAGAAGAUGAAGGGGAUGUACUCCGCCGCCAAUCUUGGAUACGCCGCAUGUGCUGGUUACGAGACCAGAUGAACACCGGGACGGGCCCCUUGUUGGGCGAACCUCAUCCAUCAAUGUUGCUUUUGCUAGUUUGCAAGAUCAAAGAGGCAACAACAUCAGAUUCUGGGAUUAGAUUCGGGCAAGCCGGGAGACAUAGCAAUAGCUUUUACAUCAGACUUUAAGAUUGUCGCACACCGCUGACAGUAAAUAGGCCUGCUACAACUCCCUGUCGAGGGCAGCAACGAUUCCAGGCGCGAUGGUUAAGCUAUAUGAACUUUUUGUGUUGAGCAGUAACAUCCUUUUUUUAUCAAACUUGGGUUCUAUUUGUUUGAGAAAAUCGAACAGCAACUCUGACUUAGUGAAUAAAUCUAAAACUAAGGUUUCUCGUUACAGUUAUGGAUAUAUCGAUGAUGGUUGAUGUCGAAUGUCGACACUGCAUGGCUUAGCACUGACAUCACUCUGAGGAAAUCAGGGGUUAUUGUUAGCUUCUCCGGUUAUCACAAAAAAGCCGGAGAAUCGAUACAACCCCUCUGACUGAUUUCCUCAGGAUUCACUGGACAAUCGAUCAACCACUACUGUCUAUGAUA